AUGGACAAGGAUUCACCUGCUAGCCAUGUCGAGAACAUUGGUGCAGAAGAACUGGGCGAGGAGAUCCAUGUCUCCAAGUCCAGAGUGAAUGUCACCGGAACAGUGCAGCUCACCGUGGGGAAGAUUGUCUACAUUCCUACUCCGACUGGUGACCCUCGAGAUCCUUUGAAUCUAAGCAGGUGGCAGAAAGCCAUGAUCUUGAUUUCAAUUUCUCUGUUCUCGACUAUCGGUCUAUCGCUCGUCUCCGGUUUCGGUGGCCUCUUGGGCUUCUACAUUCCUCAAUAUGCCGCUGCUGGGAAAACCUAUGCGGACAUUACGUCUCUCAUGACUUAUCCGACUUUGACCAUGGGCAUUGGUAACCUCAUUGGAAUGCCUUUGGCCAUUGCGGUCGGUCGGCGAGUAGUACUGCUGGUGGCGACGACGAUCAUGGUCGUUGGAGCCAUCUUGUGUGCUUUUGCCGACAACUUCGAAGCCCAUUUGGGAUACCGCAUGCUCAUUGGCCUUGCUGCCGGUCAAAGUGAGGCACUUGUUCCUAUGAUUACUCAGGAAAUCUUCUUCCUUCACGAGCGCGGCACAUUCCUCAUGCUACAGCAAAGCAUCCAAACUAUUGCCACUGCCGUCUUUACCCUUUUUGCCAGCCCUAUCGCAAAUGCUAUUACACCUCAGUGGUGGUAUGGCCUUGGGGCUUGUAUCUCAGGUGUUUCGUUGAUAAUCAGUCUCGUAUUUGUCGUCGAGACAAAGUACGAUCGUCCCAAAUCAUCCUUCCAAGAAACAGAAUCCAGUGAAGACCUGGACAAGACGUUUGAUGAUCAAGGCGGCAAGAGGGAGCUUACAGUAGCAACUGAGCGACCUCCUCUUGACUUUGUGACUUACCAGGCACGUACCUGGCGCUCUGACUUGCGCCUGUGGAUUGGUCGACCCGAAUGGCGCAAGGGCUUGGAUACAUUCAUCCAAUCCUUCCAAUUGCUGCUUUUCCCCAAUGUCCUCUGGGCCAUGGCCUUGAACGGCCUCACCCUGGGUGUGAACAUCGCUAUCGGCACCACAUACGGCAACAUCGUCACCUCCCUGUACAACUGGCCUCAGAAGUCUGCUAGCUAUGUCAACUGUGGACAGAUCGUCACCUCACUCGUCGCUCUCCCUGUCUUCGGGUUCGGCUCUGACAAGCUCAUCAAAUGGUUCGCCAAUCGACGAAACGGUAUCCACGAGCCCGAGACUCGUCUCCUACCUCUUAUCUUUCCCAUCAUCGUCGGCACUUUCACCGCCGUGCUUUAUGGAAUGGGAGCGACCCACCCAUCGCAGUACCAUUGGUUUGUGUACGUCUGGGCCGUGGCCGCCUACUACUUUGCCUUUGUCGGCGCCAACAUCGUGGCCAUCACAUAUCUGCUGGACAGUUAUCCUCAGCGUGCUAGUUCCCUGUUGAUCAUCAUCUGCGCAUUCCGGGGUAUUAUCUCCUUUGGGGUCAGCUACGGUAUUCAGCCUUUUAUUGAUCAAAAGGGCUACGAUGGCGCAUUUGGCACUUUCGGGGCUCUGACCGGAGUUUUUGGCCUGCUCGGCAUUCCCAUCUUUGUCUGGGGACGACAAAUCCGUCGUAUCACUGGGAAAUAUGCUGUAGAUAAGGAGUGA